AUGGGAAGCGGAGCAUCCAAGCCUAGAAAGCUUGCCAAGUCGGCGGAAACCGCAGCUAAAUCCGUAAACAGAGCCACUGUUAACCAAUUACCACCCAAGAGCUUGCAUGCAAAGUUCGAACAGAAUCACAUCAAUGCGGAGUUGAAGAAACAUGACAAUGUUGAUGAAAGCAUGAAUCAGAACCCCACACAAUCGACGUAUCAGUCCAAUGGGUUUGAUCCCAAAUUACUCAAAAAGAAGCUAAAUCAGAACACUGGUCUCACGAAACCGGAACAUAACCUACCCGAAGGCAAAGAUGGCUUCGAUCCCCACGAAGCAGGUACUUCAACUUACGACAACCAGUAUGUCAGCAAUAUCAACAACCUUGGUAGACAGAUUCAUUCACACACACCUCAACAUGCAUCAGAACACUCGUUGGCUUUGAAACAAUUAAAGCACCGUAAGGCUAUAUUUGAGGAGGGUGAAAAAGAAGUUCAGUCCCAGAUGGAUAAGAGCUCGAAUGGGAUUCGUACAAUGGUCCAUCCCCACACCUUAGGGGCUAUUUUGAACGAUAUCCAUGACAAAAGGGUGGACUCCGAGCGUAUAACCUUGGACUAUCAGUUACAUUCUGAUUUCGUGAAGGAGUUGGGAACACGGUUUAAAGUCGCAAGUAACACUGUUAUUAUAGAAGAGAAGACCAAGGACGACGAGUUGGGCCAUAAGGUAGCCCCAGUCUCGCAGAUGCGCGACGAGGGUUUGGAUGGCGACGAGAGUGAACGGUACAAAAAGUUGAAAGACAGAAUCAGUUUGGACUAG